AUGAUUGGUCAAACUUUGGUUGUCGUCUUGGCCGCUCUCGGUCUUGCCGCCGGAUCCUGCGUCAGAACUCAAACCAACGUCGUUAUGCCAGAAUUCGUUGGAUCUGCUGUCUCUUCUCCAGUCUUCGGUGGUUCCGUUGUUUCCGCCCCAGUCGUCUCUGCCCCAGUUGUCUCUGCCCAAUUUGUUUCUGCCCCAGCUGUUGUCUCUGCUCCAGUUGUUACUGAAGCUCUUAACAUGGGAGCCGCCGGAGUUAUGGGAGCCGGAGUCAUGGGAGCCGGACUUAUGGGAGCUGGAGUCAUGGGAGCUGGAGUCAUGGGAGCUGGAGUCAUGGGAGCCGGAUCUGAAACUCUUGUUGCCGCUGGACUUAACGGACCAGAAACCGCCCCAUUGCCAGUCGUUCAAGCCCCAUCUGUCACCCUCCCAACCGUCGAAUCUCCAAUGGUCACCCUCUCCGCUCCAGCCGUCCCAGCCCCAAGAGUUCUUGCUUCCAGAUGCGUCUGCACCAAGACCGUCGUCAAGCCACAAGUUUACCAACGUGUUGUCACCGUUCCAAAGGUCCAACGUUACUUCAAGAGAACCGUCACCCCAGUCGUCGAAAACCUCGUCUACAAGUCCAAGCCACUCACUGCCUCCAACAACGUUGUCGGUGGUGCUGUUGUCGGAUCUGGUGCCGUUGUCGGAUCUGGUGCCGUUGCUGGUUCUGGUGCCGCUGUUGUCGGAUCUGGACUCGUUAACUCUGGCUCUUCCGUUGUUGUCUCUGGAUCUUCCAACUGCAGAGUUUGCUAAAUUACCACCACGACCAUUUUAAAAAACCAAAGUGAACAAUCACUAAAACUUUUUUAAAAUUUUCAACCAAAAAAAAAAAUCACAAAAAAGUAAGAUCAUUUAAUCCAAUUAAAAUGAUCUUAAUUGUUUCAUCUUUGUUUUUUUUUUUUUUUAAA